UUUCCGUGACGUAGAUUCUGAUUGGUUGCCUUGUUACCCUGAGAACGUCAACUGUGCAAAGAAACUCUUUACUUCAUCCUUGCGAUGCAGCAAAUUACUUUCAUUCCUAAUUAUGAUCAGUACAGAACAUAAAUGAAACCGAUCCAGUGUUACAGUAGCAGAGGGACGUUUUGAGCUGGUGUUUAUAUGACAGUUUAGUGGCACGAGGCAUCGUCACUGUCCAAUCAACGGAAGGUUAACGGAAGAGGUUCGCCGCUCUCCGCCGGGGAUGCGCGUGCGCGAUGGCUGCUGGGCGUCCUGGCUCUGCGUGCACAUGCGCAGUGCGAGCUGCGAGCGCAGCAGCCGCUAGGCUUGUGAGGAUUUCGGGCCUGGCGCUGUAACCCGGGCAACUGUCUCGCCGUGAACUGGACGCCUGACCCCUGCACACACUUCCCGCUUCAGAGGAUGGCGGCUUCGGGCCCAACCAAAAUCGCAUGGAAGCUACAAGAGUUUGUUGCUCAUGCUGGAAAUGUAACAUGCCUGGUGCUGGGGAAGAAUUCAGGCAGACUGUUGGCCACAGGUGGUGAAGACUGUCGGGUCAACUUAUGGUCAGUCAGCAAACCUAACUGUGUUAUGAGUCUUACAGGUCACAACACACCAGUCGAAUGUAUUCAAUUUAAAGACUCUGAGGAGUUGGUUGUUGCAGGCUCACGGUCUGGAUCACUAAGAAUAUGGGAUUUGGAAGCUGCUAAGAUCCUUCGGACGCUGUCUGGUCACAAAGCCAACAUCUGCAGUUUAGACUUUCAUCCUUUUGGAGAGUUUGUGGCUUCUGGCUCUAUGGACACCAAUGUAAAGUUGUGGGACAUUCGGAGGAAAGGUUGUGUAAUGACAUACAAGGGACACACAAAUGCCGUGCGGUGUUUAAGGUUCAGUCCUGAUGGGCGAUGGAUUGCUGCUGCUGGAGAUGAUAGCACCGUGAAGCUGUGGGAUUUAUCAGCUGCAAAAAUUCUAACGGAAUUUACAGAUCACACUGGACCUGUAAAUAUUGUGGAGUUCCACCCGAAUGAGUAUCUCUUGGCUUCCGGCAGCUCAGACAGAACGAUAAAGUUUUGGGAUCUAGAAAAGUUUAAGAUGGUGAGCUGCACAGAAGUAGAGAGCACCCCUGUCAGGAGUAUUUUGUUCAAUCCAGACGGUUGUUGUCUAUACAGUGGAUCUCAGGAUUCAUUGCAUGUUUACGGCUGGGAGCCUCCACGUUGCUUUGAUGUACUUCCUGUUAACUGGGGUAGAGCAGCAGACCUUUGCAUCUGUUCCAAUCAAUUGAUUGGAGCUUCAUUCAGUCAGAUGACAGUCUCCACAUUUGUGGUGGAUUUGAAUCGAGUGAAGAAGACUGGUUCAAUUGUGCAGGGCACAGUUGAAGAUGAAAAGCUCUUCAAUUUACCAGUGAUGAAAGUAGCUGCACUCAGACGCAAUUAUGAGCGGCCUCUAACCACAUGCAACAGACCUCAGAGCAAAGUGAAAGAAGAGCUGGAGAAUGAAGGGAAAAACCAGAGUGCAGAAGAGGAGAAGGAUGACAAGGAGUCGACUGCAGAAAUCAGGAAUCCAGAGGAAUACAAGGAGAUUUUUCAGCCACAAAAUGCCAUUGCUCGAACUCCACCUCGGCGGACUGAUCCCUUCCCUGCUCCACCAGAAGAUGAUACUACUUCUGUGAAAGAAUCUGAAAAAGUGACUCCUCCAACAGAGGUGCCCUCUCCUGCCAUAAAAAGAUUACAGGCAGAUCAGCUGAGCUUUCAUCCAUCAGCAGCUUCCACCCCCAACAACCGUCCUGAAGCACCGAUAAUUCCAAUCGCCAAAAAUGAGCCAAUUGGGUUGAAGGCAGCGGAUUUUCUCCCAAAUAAUAAAUUGGCAGAUUUGAGUGAUGAAGAUGCUAUGAGUCAAAUCCAGAAAGGACAUGAUACCAUGUGUGUAGUUUUAAAAAGUCGAUUCAAGAAUUUAGACACUGUGAGAGCUGUAUGGACCACUGGCGAUAUAAAGACAUCCAUAGACUCGGCAGUGACCAUGAAUGACUUGGCAAUCAUUGUAGACAUUUUGAAUAUUAUUAACCUUAAACCCGCCUUAUGGAAACUGGACCUUUGCCCUUCGAUCAUUCCUCCGAUUGACAAGUUGUUGAAGAGCAAGUAUGAAAGUUAUGUCCAGACUGGCUGUACUUCUCUGAAGCUAAUCCUCCAGCGAUUUGGACUCUUAAUAGCGGACAAUCUGGUUACACUACCAUCAAUUGGGGUGGAUAUAACACGAGAAGAAAGGCACCAGAAAUGUAAACUUUGUUAUAAGCAGUUAAAGAACUUGCUCCCAAUCCUUCAGAGUAAAGCAGGAAUGCCUGGUCGGCAAGGUAGUGCCUUUCGUGAACUACAGCUUCUGAUGGCAGCAUUUGAAUGAGAAUGGACUCGUUAUUGAAGUCCCCUCCAGAGACUUCCUUGAGGUUCUCCUCUGGUGUAUUGGAUAUCAUUUUGCAGAGACUGCUGGCAAAUGAUUCAAAGACCAAAUUGUUUCAAGUAAAAUUGUUUUUAAAGUUUACAAAAAUUUAGGUGGUUAUGCAAAACUGGGCCUCAAAUGUUAUUUUGUUAAAUACCACUGCAAACAACAAUUCACCUUCUGGUAUUUACAAUGACUGAAGACCUGGGGGAAAAUGAUUCUUAAAACUUUUGCCUUGUGUUGAUUUAGCAUCUAUGCCAAUUGGCCAACAAUGCCAGGGGGAGAGAUGUUCUUGAACAUGUUGACUUGUUUUAAAUUCUUUUAUCUUCUAUUUAUACAUUGAGAUUAAAAUUAAUUCCAAUCUCCAAACCUAGAAAAUUAACUUUUCAUUGCAUCAAACACACUGAAGCCAUUUCAUGGCACUAGAGGUGGCCUUAUCCAUCCUGGUGAUGGUUAGUGUCCCUAGACCACAAGGGUAGUUAUGGGCUGUAGUUUGUGACAUAAGCUACUAGUGUGUAGCAGUAAACAGCCUGUUGGGCUUAUUUGGCAAUGUUAACUAUUUUUUAAUCAGCAGAGCCUAUGUUUAUUUACAGAACUGAGCAAGAACUAAGAUCUAUACCUUUACUGUAACAAGAUUUGGAUUUUUUUAAACAGUGAAACAUACAAUUCAUUACUUAACCCUAGAUCCAAGCAUUCCAUUUAGGUUUUUUGUUGGAAAGUGCAGAAUUGCUCUAAGAAAUCAAAUAUGUGCCUUUCUUGAAUUCUACACGGAAGGCUGCCCCUCUCCUCCCUUCCCAAAGCAAAACAUGGGCUCUAGUAUAUUGUUCCAGAUAAAUUGGACUUCACAAUAUCCAUUUUCAUUUUACAUCUUUACCUGAAUGUUUAAAAUCAUUGGACGCCAUGCCUACACAAUUAUUUAUUUUGCCUCUUAACAUCAAAUCAACUCGGUUCAAAGCCAAUUAAUGUUAUUCUUUCCUUCCCAUGCCACAAGAGUAAUGCAGAUCAAAUUUGUGAACUGCUUUACAUUUGCAAACAGGUCACACUGUAAUGUGAGGCUUAAAUAGUCAUAAUCCUUGGGGUUGAUUGGCUCAGAUCCCUAUUGGACUGACACACCUAUAGCCUAGGAGUAGGCUUCCUUGGAAUCCAAUGAACUGUAGUCACUGUAUUAAAUUUAGCCUAGCUUAUAUGCAACAUGCCUUUUUUUUUCAUCAGUAAUUUGCAAAUCAACACUGAACUUUAUUUAAGAUGCAUCUUGCUAUUUUGUAAUGCCACUGGUCCAUUCUGUAUAAUGUUGAUUUGUAGCCCAUGUACCACCCAGCAACAGGUACUGUAGAACCAUGCUCCACAUUGCAGGUCUGGUCAUUGAACAGAAACCUGUAUCAAUUUGAACAUUUUAAUUUGGUGUCCCUCUGCUCUUGGACAGUGUAAUUUAUGUAAAUAUGAAUGUUUUCAUAAUAAACAAUUUUUUGAAUGUGU